UAAUAAGGGGAGUAUAUAUGUAAGGAAGGAGCAACAAGGACCUUUUCUCUCUCUUGUGCCUGUCCCCGUUCUAUCUUAUACUUUUAACUCUUCCUCUUACCUUCCAUUAUCAGAGGGCGAUUGUUCUUCAAAGGAGAGCUCUCUUAUAGUGGAGAAAGAAAAGAAAAGAAAAGGAAAGAAAGGAAAAGAAAGAAGAAAAAAAACAAAGGAGCUAAAAAAAAGGAGAAGGCGAUCGAGGAGGGGAGGGGGGAGACAGAGAGAGAAGAGGCGACAGAGACGGAGAGAAAGAGAGGGUGGUGGUCUCGAGAGGCUUUCAUUUCCACAGGGAGAGACAACGAUAUGUGUUCUUGGUAAUUCCAAUUCUAAGCAGAGCUGGACCACCUUGAUGAAGAUAGGGACACGGGCAUGGGAAUAGAGACAAUUAUUAAUUCUAUGUCCCACGGCUUCCACCACCACGGCGGCGGCUUCAGCUUCUCUGAUGGGUUCGACCGGUCCGUGACACGGCAAGGACAGCAACAGCACCACGUCGCACAGCAAAGCCGCAGAGACAAGCUAAGGCUGCAGCAGCAGCAGCAGCAGCAGCAAGGAUUCGUCGACCCCGCCCUCUUGCCCAUAGAGGAGGAGGAGGAGGAAGGAGAAGAUCAAGAUUCAGCCAUCUACGAGCCGACCGGAGCUGCCCCCGGGCCUGUCAGCUCCAAUAUCAUGUUGUCUGAGAUGUUCAGCUUUGCAGCUACUCCUGCAGCGGCAGCA